AUGAUAGAAGAAACAAUAAGGCAGGUUAGGUUGAUACAAGAGAAUAUGAAGGCAGCCCAGGAUCGGCAGAAGUCAUAUGCAGACCAGAAUAGAAGGGUGGUGGAGUUUGAAGUUGGAGAAAAAGCAUUACUUAAGGUGUCACCGACCAAAGGUAUCAUGCGAUUUGGAAGGAAAGGAAAGUUGAGCCCGAGGUACAUUGGCCCGUAUGAGGUAUUGAAGCGAAUUGGAGAGGUGGCAUAUCAGUUAGCUUUACCAAUGGAGUUAGCCAAUGUCCACAAUGUUUUCCAUGUCUCCCAACUCAGAAAAUAUAUCCAUGACCCUAACCAUGUAAUCCAACCAGAGUCUAUAGAGUUAGACGAGUCAUUAACCUCCAAAGAACGCCCUAUUAAGAUUCUUGAUACCAAAACCAGAAGUACGCGGAACAAGGCCGUUAAGUUAGUUAAAGUGCUAUGGUCGAAUCAAAAUUCCGAAGAGGCGACGUGGGAAGCUGAGGAUGACAUGAAAAAGCGUUAUCCAGAACUAUUUGAGCAGAUACUAGUUGUGGCUCACACUUAUGUUCUUAUUCACACGGACGUACUAAGGAGAAGUAGAAAGCUUGAUAAAGGAAAAAUGGAUCUACGUGUGGGAAAUGGAGCACAGAUUGCUGCAUGA